ACUGUUGUGCCGAGCGGUCGUUCCCGAAUCUUCUGCAGUUAUGGCGCGCUACUCAGACUCAACCACUAUGGUGGUAGCCGAAUCUGCACCCAAUGAUGAUCAUGAUUCCGAAUCGAAAACAUGCGGUAAAAUUUUGGUGGUCCUUUCGUGGAUAUUGGUGAUAGUCACCAUGCCUUUCUCCCUGUUUAUCUGCUUUAAGGUUGUACAAGAAUAUGAACGUGCAGUUAUAUUCCGUUUGGGCAGAUUGCUAUCUGGAGGCGCUAAGGGUCCUGGAAUAUUCUUCAUCCUUCCUUGCAUUGACUCUUAUGCGCGAGUAGAUCUGCGUACGCGCACUUACGAUGUGCCACCUCAAGAGGUUCUUACAAAGGACUCCGUGACGGUGUCAGUCGAUGCUGUUGUGUACUAUCGUGUACAUAAUGCUACAAUCUCUAUCGCCAACGUGGAAAAUGCUCAUCAUUCUACACGACUCCUCGCACAGACAACUCUUCGCAACACGAUGGGCACAAGGCCGUUGCAUGAGAUACUGAGCGAACGCGAGACAAUUUCCGGAAAUAUGCAGAUCUCUCUGGACGAAGCAACAGAGGCUUGGGGCAUCAAAGUCGAACGCGUCGAAAUUAAGGACGUCCGCCUGCCUGUGCAACUGCAACGUGCUAUGGCAGCUGAAGCAGAAGCGGCUAGAGAGGCUCGGGCCAAGGUAAUUGCCGCCGAAGGUGAACAGAAGGCCUCACGAGCAUUACGCGAGGCCUCUGAAGUUAUUGGUGACAGCCCUGCCGCACUCCAACUCCGCUACUUGCAGACACUGAAUACGAUUUCGGCUGAGAAGAACUCGACGAUUGUUUUUCCACUACCAAUUGAUCUUCUUACCUACUUCUUGAAAGAAAGAAAGGAUCAGUCUUAAAUUAAACAAAAAAUGAUUCAUUCAUUUAUUGAUCAGUCUUAAUAAUAGAUUUGUAUUAUGAUUUUUUAAUUUAAAUCAUCUUAUGUCAAUUUGUUAUUUAACCCCAGAUGCUUACAAAUUGUCCAUUGAAUCACUUGCUGAAAACUGAUUUAACAGUGAAAUGUCAUCUAUUUAAAUAUAAAAUGACAAAGCCAUUCCUGUUAUAGAGUUUGCUUGAGGCAUAGAUUCAGUGGGUACAUGAUGUUCAUAAAACGAUAUUACUUUCGUUUAACAAAAAUUACAUUAAUAAUAUAUGAUUGAUGAAUAUUAUUUAGUAUUCUUGUUAUUUAUAUUAGUAGUAGUACUUAUUUUGAAAGCUUUAAAAUGUUUAUUUAAAAUGAUACGAUACUGGAAAUCCCAAACACUUAAAUUCAGUUUUAUAGUUUUUAUCUCAACGCUUUCUAUUUUUAUUUAAAGCAAGAUUAAAUAGGAAAUUUAUUAUUAGUUUUCAAGAUUGGCACUAAGCGUUCAACAAGUAUAUAUUUUAUCUUUAAACUUUCCCCUUUUGCCAGAAAGGCUUGCCAAGUUAAUAUUCUCUUUGGAAUUUUUGUCAAAUAAAUAAGCUUUGAUGCGAGGGGCGGCUGGUAGACUGUUUGGCUAAGCGGAACCGACCGCCAGUUUUGUUUAUAGUUAUGCAGUGAAAUAUGGAAGUAGUUGUUGCGAAACGGAAGUAGUGGAGAAAAUAUAUAUAUGACGCCUAGCGCAUUAAUUCUACUGCGAGAAAUUCUCUCUUUUUAAGUUGAUAGUUAAUUUUAUAUCAUAAUGUAUUUGAAUACUCAACAACGAAAGUCCGGAAAGUAGGAAUGCUGGUGUUGGUAGAGCCGUUGGCAAAAUGUUGGUAAAUGCCAAUGAGUACUUGCUACCUAGGUGAGUUUUUAAUAAGCUUGGGUUAAUACUCCAAGAUAUUAUCUAGUAGUAGUACUGUGCUCCCACAAAUCAUUGACAAGGUGAAGAAAGAAAUGCCGGUAGUCAGAAAAGUACUAUCGUCUAAUAAUUCUCAAUCUCAAUACACCUGAGUUCUUUACCAUCAGUUGAAUGCCUUGCUCAACCAACGCAUAUUGAGGUGGAUUUUGGUUUAUUACUUCUAAGUGUUUUGCAGUAUGCAUCUAUAGUGGGCUGUAUUUAAAUUGUUAAGCGUAACGUAGGUAUUUAAACUUAAUAUUUUAUAGAUAUGUAUGAUGCGGAGGCAAAUAAAAAUUUGUUCAACUCGGUGGCUCAAAAAAUAUCUAUAGUAAUGAAGGUAAUUCGAUACAACGGGUUCAAUAUAUUAUCGAAUAUCGAUUCUGAAACCCUAUCAUAGAGGCGAUAGAGCUGCAACAAGUACAUAAAUAUAUAAUUUAGAGUACUAAUAUUUUUAGGUGGUGAAUGAAUUGCGAAGAAGCAACCACUAUUUAUAAUUAAAAUGGCCGCGAAGUACUUACUGAUUAAACAUAUAUACCGUAGCUUUGUGAAUCUUCCCGAUAUAAUAUAUUAAGAUGAACUAUUAUAAAUGUGUCAGGCAUAACUUUUGUAGGAAACUGUGACAUAUAUGCUGAAUAAAUAUCAAGCUGUUAAAAUGUAGACUAUAAUAUAAUCAAGAGGAUGUUUUAGAUUGGUACGAUUUAGUAGAUUUCGUUCAUGUAGUUUAUCCCCAGACUUUAACUUGACUACAACUUUAAUAUAAUUAAUGUCCGUAUUUUACCAGUUUUUGGAGGGGACGGACGGCUAGAUGGUUACCACCGUACCAUGGUACCAAGUAGUAACGUUCUAGCAUUAUUGUGAUGUCGCUUAGAAUUUUAGAUUUUCAAAAUUUCCUGAGCGGCGCUGCAUGAUGGGCCGGCCGAAUCACUGUCAAAUGAACCUCCUGCUCUUCAUAACAUUUUUUCUCAAAGAUAAAAAUUACCCAUAGUUACAAAUGUAUUAUGAAAUAGCAUCUGUAUGUGGCAUUAUAUUUAUAUUUACUAGCGCCAUUUUGCAGUAAUAGUUCAAUGUACUUUUUUCAUUAGAUAAGAGUGUUAUCUCGCACUAGAGAAGCUACUUAUCAUAAUAUGCGCAUAUUGUAUCAACUUUAAGCUUAAGUGUAUUUAACAUUACUCAUUAAUUAAAAAAGGGUUUUUUCUACAAUAACUCGACGAUGUUUAAAAAUUAAAAAAAAUAUGGAUAUAUCUUAGUGUAAGUUUGUUGCUAUUAGGUUAAGACCAUGGUUAGGAUCUUGAGAGGUGAGCAAAACUUACGCAGUCGGAAACUGUAAUUUUGCACAGCAUGAAGAAUACUUAUUGUGCAGCGCUUGGCGACAAUGAGAUCUAAUUUUCGACUGCUUUAAAACAAUAUCACACUAGAUCCACGCCGGGGUCUAUACAAAAGUAAAUUAUAACUAUAAACGAUUCCGAUGUACGCUUUCAAAUGUAGAUAUGUAUAGAGUUAAGAAAGUAGAUUUAAUGCACAUUGAUGUAUUCCAAUUCUAUUUACACCAUUGCUAAUAUCUAUUAAUUAGAUUUAAAACUCUCGUUCAAGUCACUUUGAAUCCUCUUCUAGUCUAGUCUUUGAAGUUUUAAAAGCCAAUUCAAACAAAAAUAUUUGGUAGAAAUUAGUAGAAUGUUGAACCAAAAAUAGGUGUUAUAUAUUAUAUAACAAUAAUACUUUUAAAUGUUAGCUAAACAGUUAAUCACACAAUACAAAAUAACGUUUUAGUAGAUUUCUAGGUAAGCUAUUGUAACACUUAUCUUUGCGUAAUAUCGUAAUUAAUACAUCUUUAUAUUACUCACUCUAUUGUAUAUUUAAUAUAUUACUCACAUUAUACUAACGUCAAAAACUCGCUGCCUAUGGUGCCAUAAAUCACUAGUACACUAUAGACAGACCUUGGCAGACAGUUAUUAACCAUAAUCGUGGUGAUUCACUUUACCACUUUGUCACAGGAGGUAUGCUGCUAAAAAUAAAAGCACAUACCCUACUAUAUAUUACCCGCGGGUAGCGAAUUUUUGACAUUAGUAUAGUAUUUCAAUGGGCUUAUAAUAAUAAGUUUAAUUGUUGGUAGUAGAACUCUCGUUUUAGUCAUUUAAAAUAUCCCCAUAAUAAAGUUAAUGGUAAGAAUGUAUACACGAAUAUAACAUAUCAACUGGUUUUCUGUUUGUAAAGCAAUAAUUAUAAAGUUAGUAGUACGUUCGUAUGAUUUGACACUGGUGUAUCAGUCUAAAUUUAGUGAAUUAGAUUUUAGUUUACAUUAGCCUUUGUUCCAAUAAGAAUAUAAUAUGUAUUAAUGGUCAACAAUAGCACAGUAGACUGUGACAAUAGUAAACAGAGAUUUCGUUUUAAAUUUCGAUGUUCUCCAACACUGUGUCUAUGUCAAAAUAGUGUUUUGUUUAUUAUUGUUACUUACAACAUAUUUAAGUAGCGAAUGUCACUAUCUAUCUCACAAUAAAUGUUAUUAACUUAAA